UUUGGAUCCUUCAGAUGGGAUGUCAGUGCAAUGGAGCAACUUCCGGAUUAUAUGAAGACAUGCUUUCUAGCCCUCAUUAACACAACCAAUGGAACAGCCUAUUAUAUCCUUAAAGAGAAGGGGAUAGACAUCAUUCCAUGCCUAAGAAAAGCAUGGGCAGAUCUAUGCAAGUCCUUCUUGGUGGAGGCAAAUUGGUACCACAGUGGUUAUACUCCAACAUUUAAGGAGUACUUGGAUAAUGCAUGGAUUUCUUCAUCUUGUCCUGUGCUUUUGACUCAUGCAUACUUUUGUGUGAGCACAGAAAUCACCAAGGAAGGUCUAGAAUGCACAAUGAGUUAUCCGGAUAUUGUGCAAUACACAUCCAAGAUCUUUCGACUUUGUAAUGAUUUGGCAGGUUCAAAGAAGGAACUUGAGAGAGGUGAUGUAUCAUCAGCCAUCCAAUGUUAUAUGCAUGAUGAGGGUGUUUCAGAGUCUGUAGCUCGCGAACAUAUAAGGGAUAUGAUUGAUGCCUUUUGGAAAGAACUGAAUGGAGCUCGCUUUGACAAUUCUCCAUUUGAGGAAUCCUUCAUAGUUACAGCCAUGAAUGUGGCUCGAAUGGUGGAAUGCAUGUAUCAAUAUGGAGAUGGUCACACCAUGCCAGGCCAUGAGACUAAGGAUCGAGUAAAGUUAUUGUUAAUCGACCCGAUUCAGCUCAAAUAGUGAUAUGAAAUGCUUCUAGCAUCUUACCAAA